GGUCAGCUCUGAUGAGACAACAAGAACGACCAUGAGGUCCGCCAUCAGCAUCGCUCUUCUCCUGCUCUCCACAACUAUCGUUAGGUCACUGGUGGUCCGAACUGAAGAGAAGGAGGAUUUUCCACUGCAGUCACAACAAGGUGUUAGGAAAGCCGCUUUCCCUGGUGUAUGUAGGGGCUGUGUGUUCAUCGUGUCCUGGGUGAGGAAGCACCUGGGCAGCGAUCAUUCGAAGAAAAAAAUCCGACAGCUGCUGGACAAGGCCUGCAACUGGCUGAAAAUUAAAUUCCUCAGGUCUGGCUGCCAGAAGAUCAUGAGAAAGUUCAGAGACAAAUUGAUUGAUGCCAUUGAAGACUUUGAUUCUCCCAAGACUGUAUGUGUUAAACUGAAAAUCUGCAAGUCAUGUGUCUAUAGAUAGUUCAAAAAGUGUACAAAUAAUGUUUCCACUUUUCCUGUGUGGAUAUUCUACUGUGUUUACCUUUGCAAUAAAGCAUUUCUGAAUUGG